CACAGGUAGAAUAACAAACAAAUUGUUGUCGAAUCGUUUGUGAUACGUUUCUCCUGUCAUGUCCAGAGAUGCAAACUAAUGACAAAGUUGUGUAUUUCUCCGGGUCGCUGGUUUUCUUUGACUUAGAGACGACAGGACUGGGUCAGAACUGUGACAUUGUCCAGCUGGCUGCUGUGAGUGGCGGCCACACCCUGAGCCUUUAUGUCUUCCCUCGAUCUCAAAUACAGCGUGGUGCUGCCAAAGUCACAGGCUUCAGAGUGAGAAAACAUCGGCUGUAUCAAAAUCGCCAGCCUGUCCUCACCAACUCCCUUCGUGAGGUCCUAGUGUCCUUCAUAGUGUUCCUGCAGAUGCUGGGACGCCCACUUCUCCUGGGCCACAACAUCUGUCGAUUUGACUGUCCUGUGUUGUCGAGAGCUCUUGACGAGGUGGACCUCCGAUGUGAAUUCCUCUCUUCAGUCUCAGGCUUCGUGGACACUCUUCCACUGGCCCGUGAGAUGCUGAAGGAGCGUGGCCUACACUGCUUCAAACAGGAGAAAUUGGUGGAGGAGCUACUGGGCGUUCGCUACAAGGCCCAUGAUGCGCUAGAGGACGUGCAAGCUCUCCAGGCUCUUUACAAUGCUCUUGAGCCCUCCCCAGAAUUACUCAGGAGGAACGUGGGGAACAAUGUACAGACAAAAAAGGCAACUGCCUUAACUGGUCACCUCCCGACACAGCACCCCGCCUGGCUGCCUCUGAAACAACAAGUGCCUGAGGGAGGUGACGUGUCUGACGGCAUGAUGUAGUUGUACUGGCUUUGAACAGAAGUCAGACUGUGGACUAGAUGCUUUGCAUUCGGGAUAUUGAUUUUAUUUGUCAAGUCCUUAAAUGUGUAUCAAAAUGUUUAUGUCACAAUACAAUAAAGACAUUCCUCG